AUGUAUUAAUAUUGUUAUAGAGGAGUGAAUGUAAUAAUAUUAUGUGUAUAUUAUUCUAUCAUUUUGUUUUACUCUGUCAUUGUUCUCUUAAAUUUGCUGGUCAUUGAGCAAGUAAAGACGUGUUCUGUUCUUCUGGUUCUGUUCUUUUCCUGUUGUUAAUUUCAUCCAGCAGAAGGAUUUCUACGUAGCUUCCAAGGAUGGAAAUUCACCCUGACCCUGGAUGACCAGACCUGGCCAAAAGUCUUCUAGAUAGAUGGUGGAAAAGAAGGAAGGAAAACUAUCCUUAUUUGAGCUUAUUUUCAGAUGGGAACUGUCAGUUGCUAAGACUAAUUCUAGACAAUUUAGGAUUCCACAAUAAUUUAUUCAAACACUAGGAUUUGUAUUUGAAUGGCUUAUGGUGAAAUUCAGAAAAAGAAGUUUUCAGCAACUGAGAAUACAAAGAAAGGAUUGUGCUUGUGCCUAAACUGGAUACAAGUGUCUGAGCCCCAUCUUCUCCAUUCAGGAACAGUUUCAGAGGUCAGAUGGAAGAAUGGGCAUAUCUUUAGUAAGACAUCUUCUCACAUACACACUUACUCGGGGUGGCAAAAUGGCUGCUUGCCAAUCUUCCCUUCCUCCAACUGCUUAGUGCAGCAUUGGUGAAAAGAAUGGGACAGAGGGAGUGGAGAGAGCAAUUUUGAAAAAAAGAUCCAGUUUCUUCCGGCCUAUGCAACUUCUCUGGUUAUUCCCAAUAAACUUUUGCCUCUCAUCUGUUUUCACAAUUUCCUCCCUACUAUCUAGAAUCCUUUUUGUCCAGAGACCACAGGAUUGUGAUCUGACAUUUAAAUUGUGUUUAGAAUUGUGCAUAAAGGCUCAGACAACUUUUGUGUGGGUAAGGUGUGACUGGAAAGCUAUCAUAAUAGAACUUUGAUAGUUUCAGUUCCUGACAUCUCCAGUUCCGGUUUAGUGAUGGAGAGGAAGGAUUAUAUUUUCAGGAAAGACUGAAGUUUUUGUAUCCCCUGGACAUUUUUAUAAUUAUGGUCUCUCGAGAUAGAUCUAUAAAUUGAUUCUGUGCUUGCAUUCUAUCCAAUGUAUAGGUUCCAUAAUGUAAUAAUAGUUUAUAUAAAAUAAAUGGGGGGUGCUAAAACUUUACUUGAAUUUGGAGGGGUCCCAGGCCCUCUGCCCAUUGUGCCCAGUGGAUUACCUAGCCCUGACUUCUUACAAGAAUGGUAAGAAAGGGUCAGAGAUGAGGCUACUGUGAUUUUUCCAUCUAUAUCUGACAGCAAUGUGACUUGUUUUUAUUGUACAUCCCCUCCUUUCCUGCAGAUUCUGCGAUUCAUCCAUGACAGGGAUUUGCAGGGAUUCCAUGAACAGCUUCUAGGAAACUACAUAGCAAGCCGGGGGCUAGCCAGCCACCCCCUGCGCGAUGAGCUUCUGAGCCAGGUGGCCACCCAGCUGUGGAAGAACUCAGAUCUGGAACAAUGCCAACAAGGCUGGGUAUUGAUGGCUACUCUCCUGAGUGCCUUCAUGCCUUCACCUGCUCUGGAGAAGCCUCUGCUGAAGUUUGUGUCAGAUCAUGGUCUGGAGGGCUACAAUGGAAUGUGCCAGCGCAAACUCUUGACAUCCAUGAAGCAGACAGAGAGCUACUCAGAGUUGUCCCGCAGUUUCCCCCCCACCCGCCUGGAGUGGACUGCAAACCAGAGGAAAGGCAAGAUGGUGCUGGAGGUCUGCACUUAUAAAGAGGAGAGAAUUUCAGCAGAGGUAGAGUCUUGGACCACAGGAGAGCAAUAUGCAGGCUGGAUCUUGAGCUCAAGGGGUCUCGAUACAGUCCCUCGUGGUUGGUCCAUAUCAAUGCUCACAGGCAACCAAUGGCAGGACUUGGCAGGCUGUGACUUUGUCUUGGAUCUCAUUGGUGAAAUGGAGGAAGUAAAUUGUCCUUCUCAGUCCUCCUCUGAUUAUCCUAUUAUCCCUGAGAGGGAUAUGAGCUAUUCUCAAGAGAACUCUCCAGAAGGGGUGUCCUUGGAUAUCCCUCCUGCGCCAACCAUUAAGGCACCUUCCUUCCCCCCACCUUCCCUGCCUCCCAUGUUUGACAAGGCUGUUCAUCCAGGUGAGUCUCAAUCUCAGGUCAGACGUUCAAAGGCAUCUGAGAAUGCUGGGCAAAUUGGGGUCUUGGUUUCUGCAUCCUGAAGCCAUGAAAGCUACUAUUUGUGUCAGCCAUAUUUGGAUCUGUGGGCGGGGGGGGGGAUUGACUCAACGAAUGCAUUGAGGAUGGGUGAAGAAAGUGAGCAAGGGGUGGUAAUGAAGAGUGACAGGUCUUUUGUUUCUU